CGAGCUUAAAAAAUCUUUAUUCACAAUGUAACUAUAGAUUAAGUUUACUUUUUGUUUCUUUGUUUUAUAGGAUGAAGUAAAUCAGGUACUUACAUUAAAUGUAUGGAUUGAACAGGAAUGGGUUGAUGAAAGACUUACAUGGAAUCCUCAAGAUUAUAAUAAUCUUUCAAGAAUAAGAAUUCCAUGUCAAAAAUUAUGGUUACCAGAUAUUGUAUUAUAUAAUAGUGCAGAUGAUUAUAAAACAGAUUAUAUGCAAAGUAAAGCAAUGGUACAAUUUAAUGGAAAUGUAUUUUGGCCACCACCAGCUAAAUUACGAUCAACUUGUAAAAUUGAUAUUACCUAUUUUCCAUUUGAUGAUCAAUCAUGUACUAUGAAAUUUGGUUCAUGGACAUAUGAUGGUUGGCAAGUGAAUGUAAUUAAAAGACAUGAUGAAGUAGAUACAUCGAAUUAUGUUGAAAAUGGUGAAUGGGAUCUACUUAAAGUUGUUGUAGAAAGACAUGAGAUAUUUUAUCCAUGCUGUAAUGAACCAUAUCCUGAUUUACGUUUUACAAUUUAUAUGCGUCGACGUACACUUUAUUAUUUAUUUAAUAUCAUAUUUCCAUGUUUAUGGUUAACAGUAUUAAGUUUAGUAAGUUUUUGGUUACCACCAGAUUCUGGUGAAAAAAUUACACUUGGUAUUACUGUACUAUUAGCAUUUAGUGUAUUUAUGUUAUUGAUUGCAGAGAAUAUGCCAGCAACUAGUGAAUUUGUACCUUUAAUUGGUGUUUACCUUACAGUUACCAUGACAAUGACAUCAUUAUCCAUUAUAUUAACUGUAUUAGUAUUACAUUUACAUCAUACUGGAUCUAAUCGUCAACCUGUACCAAAAUAUAUAAAAAAAAUAUUUUUUAAUUUUAUUGCUAAAUUAUUAUGUUUAAAUAUUGUAUAUCAAUAUCAAAUAAAACAGGAUCAAUCAAUCAAAUUAAUAAAACAAACAAAAUUGAUUUUAGAUCAACUUGAUCAUAAUUUAAAUAAUCAAAAUAAUCAAUAUAAUGAUUCAUAUUUAUCAUAUUCUAAUCAUUAUUUACCAUCUGAUGUUAUUAAUACUAAUCUACAAACUAAAGAACAAAGAUUAUCAUCAAGGAAAAAUGAUAAAGAAAACUUCAUUGAACAACAAGAUGAUCAUGAACAAUAUGAAUCUAUCAAGAUGAUGAUGAAGAAGAAGAUGAAGAAGAUGAAGAUGAAGAAGAAGGAGAUGAUGAAUACAUUGAAUUGUCCACCAUCCAUGAAUGAACCUAAAACUAUACAUGUUGUUCAAUUAGUGGACAAUGAAAAUCAACAAUCCACUUCUAUAAAACAUAAUUCAAAUUCACAAUAUAAACAAUGUGAAAUGUCUUAUGAUCAUCAAUAUAUAACAUAUACACAAUCUACAAAUCAUCUUAUAGAUGAUCAUCAUUCAAUACUACUGAAUUCUUUUAAUAAACAAAAACAUACUACUUAUUAUAGUAGUAUAAAUCAUUAUGAAGAAUUGAAUGAUUUCUUAAAAAAAUUAACAAAAAUUUUAAAAAAAACAGAAAAACAACAAAAAUUUAUUGAAAUUUAUUUAUUAAAUUUAUAUUAUAAACAAUAUUAUGAACAAUCCAUUAUGGAUAUUAUUAAUGAAUGGCGUAUUUUAGCUGUUAUUGUAGAUCGUAUGUUAUUUUGGUUAUUUUUAUUGAUUGCUAUGAUAGCAACUAUUGUCAUCUUAUUAAUUAUGCCAUUAUUUAAACCAACAUUUGCAUAGUAACAAAAAUAAAUAAUCAAUAUGUUAAAAGGAUAUAGUUGAAGUUAUGUUUGUUUUUAACAUGAAAAGGAUAUUUCAUUUAUUUGCCAAGUAGCAUUCUAUAAUCUACUCUGUCAUAGGCUUUCCUUUCUUUCUUUCUUUCUUUCUUUCUUUCUUUCUUUCUUGUUUAUUCAUUUUAUGUUUAUCUUGAUUUCUAGAUAUAAUGGUCUUUUUUGGUAUUUAGAAUUUGCCUUAUGAUAUAGUUGAUUGCUUUCUUCUAUCUGUGUCCUAUCCAUUUCUAGCGUGUGUUUUUUUGUUGUUGAAUGAUUUCUUUCUUCGAUGGAAUUUGAUUUGUUCUUUCCCAUAGUUGAAUGUUCUUCAUGGUGUUGAAUCAAUGGAUCCAUAGUAUUUUGUAUAGAUGAAUAGUUACAGUAGACUCUUUCCCAGUGUUUAUUCUAUAAGAUUACAAUAUAAAUCAGAUCAAGUAUAUAUGUAUGAUUAGUUUGAUUAGAAUGUAAAUCUAUUUCCACAUUGGAAACCGACGACUGUCUACUAGUUUGACUAAACAAAUAACUAAACAUUAUCAUCUUUGUUCAUACAUUAAAAUGGUAAUGAUUUGCUUUGUUUCUUUUUUUUGGGGGGGGAGGGGUUAUGACACCGUUUAUCAUUCAUAAUGUACACUUUUCAGUUAUUUCUCUUCAUUCUAUUUACAUCUAAGGUUCUAUUCACUUAUGAAUACAUAAACAAAUAAUGCCUUAUAACCUAUUGAAUGUUAGAAUAUGAAUCUUCUGUUAAAUGUUGUAUCUAUUCAACUAUUGUACAGAUUAUGGUAAAGACUAUAAUUUAUAGACGAAUCAAUCAUGUAUAAGAUUAUAGAUAAUGGAUUUUGGCGCGAAAUCCAUUCAUCCAUAUGGCUGAAUACCAUUUUGGCAUUAUAGCUGAUGUAAGUUGGUGAUGAAAAACCUUCAAUUUAAUUCCUUAAACAGGUUCAUAAUUGUCAUUUGAUCUUGAUUAUUAGCUGAACAGUCUGAAAAUCAGUUCAGUGUCGCUCAAAGGUUGUUUAUAAAUUAUAGUCUCAUCGAGAUUAUAUCCCUCCCUCCCUCCCUCCCCCCUGAAAUUAUUGAUUAUUAACAAUGAAAAAAAAAACAAAAAGUAUAUUUUGUUUCUAUGUGGCUACUAUAUAUUGAUCACUUCCUUUAAAUACAAUAAGCUCAGUGAUGUAUUUAUGUGCUUUUAUAUUUGAUAUAUAUUUUCUAUAGAAUAACUUACCUUACUAUAUAAUGAGCUGUACAAAUACAUUUUUCUUUCUUUUGGAUUAUUAUUUUUUUU